AAUUCUUGUUGGUUCAGAGUAAUUGCAAAUGGCUCGUCUUAAUGAAUUCCAGGUUGUUGGCCGAAAACUCCCAACUGAGAAAGAGCCAGUCCCCAAGCUUUACAGAAUGCGCAUUUUUGCUUGCAACAGCAUUGUUGCAAAGAGCAGAUUUUGGUAUUUCCUCAAGCAAGUGAACAAGGUCAAGAAGGCUUCUGGUGAAAUUGUUUCUGUUAAUCAGAUCUAUGAAAAGAAACCAGCUUCUGUCAAGAACUUUGGUAUCUGGCUCCGUUACAACUCUCGCUCUGGUACCCAUAACAUGUACAAGGAGUACCGUGAACUUAGCCGUGCUGAUGCCGUUACCUCCUGCUACCAGGACAUGGCUGCUCGUCAUCGUGCCCGUUUCACUCAGAUCCAGAUCAUCAAGGUUGCUGAGGUCAAGGCUGAAGAUGUCCGUCGUCCAUACAUCAGACAGAUUCUUGUUCCUGACCUCAAGUUCCCUCUUCCCCAUCGCGUUUUCCGUGCUGCCACCAAGAGCGUCAAGACUACCUUUACUGCAAACCGUCCCAACACCUUUUAAGCUGGAAAUGCAGUUCUGUUUCAUUGAAAACCACCCAACUCGU